UUCGUUUUUUCUCUUCCUUUUUUUUUAAUUUGAAAACGCAACAGUAUCUCGAUUAUAAUGGUUAUAUAAUUACUUCAAAUUUCUCUGGUUAGACCUUACAUCAGUUGUAUACCGUGUUUCACCUUUUGCUAACACCUAAACAUUGUUCAAAUCCAACUUUUUUAGGCAGCAACUAUCAAAAAUGUUAUCUGCAAUCGUCAAAGAACAUCAGAGCAAGCAAGCUGUUAGAAAAGAAAGGCAAGAGCAAAAGCGGAAAGAUGCCGUUCAGGCUGCAAGCAAUCUGACACAAGCCCUUGUUGAUCACUUGAAUGUUGGUGUAGCUCAAGCAUAUUUAAAUCAAAAGAAGCUAGAUGCUGAAGCAAAGCAACUACAACACAGUGCAACCAAUUUUGCUAAACAAACGCAAUUAUGGUUGAAUUUGGUAGAAUCUUUCUCAAGCUCUUUAAAAGAAAUUGGAGAUGCAGAAAAUUGGGCACGCAGUAUAGAAGGAGAUAUGAGAACUAUAGCCACAGCUUUGGAAUAUUCAUACAAAGCCACGCAAGAGAAUCAAAGUGUUGGUAAUGUUUAAAGAUAUGUAAUAUAUAGGACAUUAUUUUUCUAAGUAUUAAUAUAAUAUGGUUAGCGU